AUGUCAGGAGCAGCCUUCUCUGAUGUUAACCAGCACCUCCCAGAGCAGCGGGUAAGCAGGUGGGGUGCACCACAGGUGCCCCGUGCGAGGAGAGGGGGUGAGCUGGGUUAUCGCCCUCAGUCCCACUGUCCAGUGUGCAGCGAGCUGCAGCACCCACCUGCCCAAGCAGGAAGCAGCGGAAGUACAGAGUUUACCACACCCCCUUCAGGCUGGCCUGCUUUAAACGGGGCCUUUCAACAAGAUGCGACACCUAAUCCAUCGCACCAGCUGCGGCAGAGCUUCUGGGGCCAAAAGACCAUUGACAAAGAGGCUGCUAGAAAUGUAUGUGGCAAUUUGGUGACCUGGUCCUCCCGACGCCACAUCCCGCUGAAGCUGCAUGACAAGGUAGAAGCAGCUCCGGGUCUCGGCCAAGGGCAGCCCUGGGCCUGGGUGGGGCCCGGCGGGGGCCGCAGGCGCCGAGUGGCCUUGCCAAGCCCCGCCAGCGAGAACCAGGGGAGGCUGCGAUACUGCUGCAUUGUGCUGCAUCACGGCGAGGGCACCCCCUGGGAGAGCGGGGACGGCAGGGAGGGCGGGGGGCGGGCGCGAGGAUGGGCGGGGGUGGGGGCGCCGGGACGCCGCCUCCGUUUCAGCUGCAGCGCGGCGCCGCCGGGACCACGCCUGGCCGCAUCCCCCGUACCGUUACGCGCAGAGCCCGGCCCUGUCAACACCGCUCCCGCUCGCCACCAGCCGGGGCUAGAGAGAGGGCACCCGAAAAUACACCCUCCCGUCUGCCCACUUCGCAACCACCCCCGCGCCGGGGGCCGCUGCGCCCGGCUGGAGGGAGGAGGCGGCGGAGGCGGGGAAGGAAUCGGCCCCAAUGCGUCCAGGGAUGAGGCUGGGCGGCCGCGGUGCGCACGGCUGCUCUGCGACCGCCUCACUGCGGAGCCCACCGCCCGCCGCCCCCCGCCCCGCACAGCCCGCGUACUCAGAAGCCACUGGAGACCCGGCUCCCCGCGACGCCACUGCCCGGGCUGUACAGCUUCCCCGCCCCCACCCCGCUCCCCGGGCGCAGGGCAAAGGCGGGACAGCCGCGUCCUCCCGGCCUGGGCCCGCGCCCCUCCUCCCGCCGCCCAGGAGCCAGCCCGGGAGACAGCCCCAGUUCUGCCCAGCCUGAUGAAGACCGGUGGUGACCUCUCCAUGGGAAACCUGGGCGAUGGAGGGAAGGCGGUUGUUCCUCGGCGAAGUCAAGAUUUUCCUCCUUUAUGAGUGAUUUUUCACCCUUUCCCUCGGGGUAGCUGGUAAUAGGCCCUACAAGUGGUUCGCGCAACUCUUGCCUCUCUCGCCCUAACGCCGGCUCACUUUAGCCUGAUUCGGGUGCCCUUCCCGAGCCACUCCUAGGAAGUGGGGACGCGAUGGCCUGAGGGCUUGAGUUCUCCCCCUACCUAUGUACCGUGAGAUGCACACGGGACGUUUCCUGGAGACUUGGCAAGUGCUAGAGCCGAUUCUCAACCAGCUUGCCUACCCUGGCAAUACCCGAAGCUAUGUAGAAAUUCUGGAACUGCCACUGUUGAGGAGAAAAGAUGGUGUCAUCACCAGGACCACGAAUAGAAACGCUCUUUUAAACAGCCUGGAGAAACUGACUUUCUCCGUGCUCUGUAAGUGCCCAAAGCGGCACUGUAAGCCUUCAGAGGGAAGAGGGGCCUUCUCCGUUGUUAAAAAAAAAAAAGCCCUAAGGCUUUUCUCCUAAAGAUCUGACCCUCAAUACCUGAAUAAAAAUUUUUUCAAAAAAUAAAUAAUGAUGAUGAUAAUAGUCAAAUAGCUAGGAUCGUGCUUAUGUCUCAAAUCAGUAGACAUGAUGGAUUUAUAUUUUUGUAUGUAUUUUUCAUGAAUAGUUUAAAAUAAAACUAAACAAAAUCGUCUCCGCAAAGUGAAGAUGAUUCUUCCUUUUAGGCUUU